AACAAGAAAUAAAACUGUUGAAAUACAAAAACAGGGGGCGAUGACCGUACAGUAUAUAUAGCUUUACAACAUCGCAAAGGGUUUUUUUUGCCUCUUCUCUACACACAGCAGUAUUGCAUAUAAUAGCGGUAUAGCACAGAGCAGAUUUGCGCAUGUUAAAUCACAUCAUUAGUGGGAAUAUUAUUGCUGUAUUUAAGAUAUAUUAUUAGUAGUGUAAUACAAGUGUUUGAUAGGAAAGAUUUGCAGAGGGAGAGAUCAAGAAAGUGAGGAGGAGAGAUUUAAUGAAAGGGAACAAAGAGAAUAGCAAUGGGAGCAAUACCCAGAUGAUGAAAGUUGAAAAUGGUGAUGAUGGGUAUGUUCUUGAAGAUGUUCCUCACUUGAAUGACUACUUGGAUGGCCUUCCUACCUAUCCUAACCCGUUGCGGUCUAAUCCUGCAUAUUCAGUUGUAAAGCAGUACUUUGUGAAUGACGAUGAUACCGUACCCCAAAAGGUUGUGGUUCACAAGGAUAGCCCAAGGGGGACACAUUUUCGACGUGCUGGACCUCGCCAGAAGGUGUAUUUCAGCUCAGAUGAGGUGCAUGCUUGUAUUGUAACAUGUGGCGGAUUGUGCCCUGGGCUAAAUACGGUGAUUAGGGAACUUGUAUGCGCUCUUUAUCACAUGUAUGGCGUCACAAGAGUCCUCGGAAUAGAGGGAGGAUAUAGGGGUUUCUAUUCAAGAAAUACCAUUUCCUUAACACCAAAGAUUGUAAAUGACAUCCACAAACGUGGUGGGACAAUCCUUGGGACAUCUCGUGGGGGUCAUGAUACAAUGAAGAUUGUUGACAGCAUUCAGGAUCGAGGAAUUAAUCAGGUUUAUAUUAUUGGAGGGGAUGGGACUCAAAAAGGUGCUGCUGUUAUUUUUGAGGAAGUUAGACGCCGUGGUCUGAAGGUUGCGAUUGCAGGGAUUCCAAAAACUAUUGAUAAUGACAUUCCGGUAAUUGAUAGAUCGUUUGGAUUUGAUACUGCUGUUGAGGAAGCUCAACGGGCCAUCAACGCUGCUCAUGUGGAAGCUGAAAGUGCUGAGAACGGUGUAGGAGUAGUGAAGCUAAUGGGCCGUUACUGUGGUUUCAUUGCUAUGUAUGCCACUCUUGCCAGCCGAGAUGUAGAUGUGUGCUUGAUUCCAGAGUCGCCAUUUUAUCUUGAAGGAGAAGGUGGACUUUUUGAAUAUGUAGAAAAACGACUUAAAGAAGAUGGACACAUGGUUAUUGUUAUAGCUGAAGGAGCAGGUCAGGAUCUUCUCGACAAGGAACUGGGCUUAGGAAAGGAGCAAGAUGCUUCAGGAAACAAGCUACUUGCAGAUAAUGGGUUGUGGGUUACUCAAAAGAUUAAGGAUUAUUUUGCAAGGAAGAAGUUGUCACUUACCCUUAAGUAUAUAGAUCCUACCUACAUGAUCCGUGCUAUUCCCAGUAAUGCAUCGGACAGUGUGUAUUGCACUCUUCUUGCUCAAAGUUGCGUUCAUGGAGCAAUGGCAGGGUACACAGGCUACACAAGUGGGCUUGUCAACGGCAGACAGACAUACAUCCCUUUCAAUUGCAUAAAUGAAAAGAGGAACCAUGUGGUGAUAACCGAUAGGAUGUGGGCAAGGCUUGUUUCUUCGACAAAUCAGCCCAGCUUCUUAGGCAGUGUUGUGAUUGCCAAAGCAAAAGAAGAGGAACAGCCGCAGACUCAAUUGCUGGAUGGUGAGAACUGUAAUGAUGAGAAGAUUAAUGAGAUUGGCACACAUGAAAACUGAAAAACUAAGAUUAAGUAUAUUCUCGGGUCUGAUCAGUUUAUGUAUUAUCAUUAUACUAUAGGAGCCAUUUGAUCAAGAAUACUAAGUGAUGUCGAAAUGAUAAACGAUUAAUUCUUUUUUUGAUUAAUUCUAUAAGGUCUGGGGUAUAUGCAGUUGUUUUCCCAGCUUCAGUCGAGUCAGUCGAGUACUUGUAAAAAUCUUUUGAUUAAUUCUUUUUUUUAUGAGACCA